CCCUCCUUCGACCAGACUCUCGACACGAUAGCAAAGGGGAUUUAGUGGACGAGACACUCAAAAUGCCACUGCCUGUGUGAAGGGAGUUUGUCAUGGCGCAAAUCCACCGAUUUGACGGAAACCCCAGACUGUUCGCAGGUGGGCAGGCCGCUAUACGACGUCCAAGAGUAAGUCCAGUCAAGGCCAGUACAUACCAGACAGCUAUACAACCGCGACCUUAAAACAAAAGUCAACCUGACAUGAAUUCACCUGACUUCCUCCAGGAAAUCACCUGUUUCUCAUACGACGAAGAGCACCAACUUCGACACGAUGCCUCAAGCCUCCGAUAUUACUACCCUCCCCUCCUUCCCUGCGACUUGAGCGCCGGCUUCGAUACAUUCCGCCAUGUAGACGACUCUGUAGACGAACAUCUCGACAGUCUACUCGACGCAAUCAUCGAACAUGAAAAGACUACAGGAUCAAAAGUGGAGACUGACAUCAUUACAUGGCGAGGAAUGAUGACCAAGGUGUGAAAACAUACAAGAUGAAACCUGCUAUGAUCACAUCAGAACUCCUACUCAUUUCCCAGUAACAGAUCAUGGUAUCCCCGUUCAGUUAUCUAGACGACUGGGAAAUGAACGCCACCGUAUUCCAAGAUACACUUUUCAUCGAAGAAAGUCACGAGAAGAAAUUGGAUAGUCGCCAGAACCAAUACACCGCCCCCGCACAUCCUGGCGCCAUGUCGCAGGAUCUCAUGAGCUAUUGGGGAUAUAAAUUCGAGACGGUGGCUUUACUGGAUAAACCGUGGUCGGAUGCGACGAGGGAGGAUAUUGAGUCGAGGGAGAAGAUGGUUGUGAGUAAUUAUGCUCAAUAUUGUUCGAUUGUGAGGACGGGGUUUGGAAAGGUAAAGAUUGUUAUUGGGGGUGAGGUUGAUGCGGUGCAGGAUUUUAAACCGGUGGAUAAGUCCCAGCAGGUCAAUUGGGUGGAGUUGAAGACCACGGCUUUGAUUCAGAAUGAAAAGGAUCAGGUCAAGUUUGAGAGGAAACUCUUGAAGUUUUGGGCGCAGUCUUUUUUAUUGGGUGUGCCGAAGAUUGUGGUCGGAUAUCGGAAUCAUCAGGGGUUGUUGGAAAGGGUGGAAGAACUUGAUACGCAGGCUAUUCCGGAGAAGGUUCGGCUUCAGGGUCGAGGGCUGUGGGAUGGUCAGGCGUGUAUUAAUUUCGCGUCGAGUUUUCUGGAAUGGUUGAAAGGUGUGGUGGUUGAAGAAGGCGUUUGGAAAAUUCGCAAGCGAGAGAAGAGUUCCGUCAUUGAAGUUUACAAGGCCGUUGAGACUGGUCAUGGUGACAUUCUCUCAGCCAAGUUUGUGAAAUGGCGAUUGCAAGGCCUGCCUCAACUUCAACAAGGCACACAACCACCACAGCCACUACAGCCAUCACAACCAAUGGAGCAACCCCAAGACGGACCAACUUGAGGAUAUCGCUGCCUGCCAGACACUCAUCCCCAAGGACAAGCAACUCAGGGCAUGCUUGUGUCAAUAUUCGAAGUCCCUGUCGUCGAAGCCGAAGCCGAAGCCGAUUCCAAAGGCUGGUGAAGUUGUCUCAUCCGUCGCUUCUGUGCCGCCACCGUAUUCUUAUGGCCGCGACUUAAGAGAUGACCAUCCCACUCAUGGUCCGUCAUCAGAACCUUAUUGCAAACCUCACACGUCCGAGCAAGACGCUUCGCAUUAUUGUUGCCAGUUCCAACCUUACCCAGCCAUUUCUCCGCUAAGGAGGAUAGCGUCGCUGCAUACGGAAGCUCAUUACCUUCCAAGAACGAAUUUGCCAGUCUUUCCGCUGGCUGCAACACCAUCGACUCCCAUUGGUCUAGCUUGGUGCUAUCCAGGAGAAACAGUCGUCGCAGCUGUCCAGCGUCAGCCAAUGCAUCCGCCAGCCGAACGCGAAUAUAACGAUUUUGCCUCUUGGCAUAUUGUCGUGUUCCUGCUUUGACGGCUUCGAUCGCCUCGUGCAGGAUUUUCUUUUGCGUCGAGUUGGGUUCUGAAUCGCCCUGGGCUCCUGUUUCUUCCACCUGGAGAUAAGGCUCAAGUUCCUUAUAUCCAAUGGAAAUCCAGAUGCCCUUGGUGCGAUCGACAGGGUUGUCUGUCUUAUUCAGACUGGCUUCAACCUGUGCCAUUAAUCGUGCCUCGGAAAUCAGGCCAUCUUCAAUCAUGGAAUCAACACGCUUGUUGAGACGUUCUUUGAGUACAGCAUCUUCGGCCUCGAGCCACAGAAGCAGUGUCGGGAAUCGUAAACCCGUCUCAGAUUUUGAGAUUUGGUCGUUGGCGUCGGAUGAUGUGGAUAGGCGAGCAGAGUCAGCCCGACGAGCUUGCUGUUCAGCAUAAAUAUCCGAUGCUUUCCUUCCAGAUCGUAACCAUAUUCGAAGCGCCGUCUGAAUCUUUCGCCUGUCCUUGGGAUGCCAUCGACUGGCACUUUCAGGAUCUACCUCUUCCAACUUGGAAAAGAUUUCAUUCGUCGGUUGUGACAAAAUCGGCCACUGAUGAUCCGACUGAUCAUCAUCAGAAUGACCCUCAUCCUCAACCUCGUCCUCCGUCCCCAAAAUCGCAUCCUUGAACAAAAGCGCAUGUGAAUAAUAAUGCGUCCCACCUACCAAGAUAGGAAGUUUCCCUCGUUCUCGAAUCUCAUCAAUCACACGAAGACUCUCCUUGACAAAUUGAUGAACCUUCCAUGGUUUCUCGUGUAAUGCAAUAAAAUCC